AGGGAGGAUGUGGGAAGUUUAGCCGGCAGUUUUUUUGUGCCAGGUGUUAGCGAGUCUUUGUCUUCACGCGAGAGAUGGCUUAUCUCAGCUUUAACGAGACGGUGAAUGCGAAUCUGAAGUUCACUUCAGACAACUCUGCGGAAAAUGAGGAGAUGCUCAAAAAAGAUUUGCCGCUGCGAUACACAUGGUCCAUUUGGGAGCAGAUCAUGGCCAAUGACAAGGCAGCAGCAUAUUCCGAUGCCACUCACAAGGUUACGGCAUUCUCUACGGUGCAGGAAUUCUGGAAGCUCUGGAACCACAUGCCGCAGCCCUCAGAGCUCUUCGAACAGAAACGAAUGGUGAGAGAGCAACCUGAUGGACUACAUGUCAUUGAUGCUAUCAUGAUCUUUCGAGAAAACAUUCGUCCUGAGUGGGAGGACAAGAUGAAUACCAACGGUGGUCACUUUCAGUUUCAGCUCAAGCCAACUGUUGGAGGUGGUCAGGUGGACGAGUACUGGAACAAUCUGGUUCUCGGUGUGAUUGGUGCCACCAUUGAGCCGGCGAAUAUGAUCACUGGAAUUCGACUUGUGGACAAGUUGUCUGGACCAAGAGCUGCAGGUGUGAUUCGCCUGGAGGUGUGGUUCACCAACAUGGAGGACACGGCUGCCACACAGGCCCUGAAGAAGAGCGUUGAGAAGUGCAUGGCCACAAGGCUGGAUGGCACGGUGGGCGCUCCGCCCAAGGGUGAAAUCAAAACGCAUCAGAUUACGAAGCACUGACCGGCAACCUUAGGAGCGUAGAGCACUGAGGAGCAUGACCAAAAUGACAGCAUAGCUCCCGAAGCAUUCAGCCUUCCACCCCUUCUUCGUUCAAG